UUUUGUUUUUAUUUUUAUUUUAUUUUUUUCUUGAAAAAAAUCCCUCUCUCUUAUUUGUUUUAUUAAAACUAAAAUAAAAAUAAAAAUAAGGAAAAAAAGCAAAGUUGUGGAGUGCAAAUGGACUGGUUUCCCGGCGAGAGAGAAGGAAGUAGAAGAGUAUAAGAAAUAUAAAUCUGCCCUUUCACGAAACUCUCUCUCUCAAUUGUGUUUUGUGUUAGUUUAACUGAAUUUUCUCUUUUUAUUUUGGCGUUGAUCACUUAAUAUAAAUACUUUACUUCUCUCUGUUUCUUGCUUUAAUAAUUUCAAUGCUCUCUUUUUGACUCUGCUCUCUCUCUCUCUCUCUCUUUAUCAUCAGAUUUUUCUUCAUAUCAAAUGGAGCAAAAUUUAGAAGAUUUGGUUUCUGGCCAGUCUGCAGGUCCAUCAAAACUUGUUGCAGUUAGUAGUAUAUCUAGGAAAGCAGGAACAAGUGCAUGGGGUAUCCCAAUAAGCACUAAUGCUUAUCACUCAUCAAGUGAUGCAAGCUUGUUUUCUAGCUCAUUGCCAGUCCUUCGACAUGAAAAGUUGAACUUCAAUGGUUCCAAUGCAUUGAAAGUCAAUGAUUCAGCACAUUGUGGCCAAUCUCUUGAUGAUGGGUCACCUAAGUUAAACAAUGUUGAACUAGAAUUUGAAGAUAAGGACCCAUUUGAAGAUGUCGAACCAAAUGCAAUAGGUAACUUGCUUCCUGACGAUGAAGAGGAGCUUCUUGCUGGAAUAAUGGACGAUUUCGACCUCAGUGGGUUGCCUAGCCAAGUAGAGGAUUUGGAAGAGUAUGAUCUCUUUGGCAGCGGAGGGGGGAUGGAGUUGGAUUUUGAACCCCAAGAGAGUCUUCGUAUUGGUAUGUCAAAAUUGAACAUAUCUGAAGGGAUUGCAGCAAAUGGGAUGAGCCAUUAUGCUAUUUCAAAUGGUGCGGCAACAGUGGCUGGGGAGCAUCCUUAUGGGGAGCAUCCCUCAAGAACAUUAUUUGUUCGAAAUAUAAAUAGUAAUGUGGAAGACUCUGAGUUGAAGUCUCUCUUUGAGCAAUACGGGGAUAUCAGAACGUUGUACACAGCAUGCAAGCAUAGGGGCUUUGUGAUGAUAUCUUAUUAUGAUAUUCGAGAUGCUCGGGCUGCAAUGCGUGGAUUACAAAAUAAGCCCUUAAGACGAAGGAAACUGGAUAUUCAUUUUUCAAUUCCAAAGGAUAAUCCUUCAGAAAAGGAUAUAAAUCAAGGAACUCUCGUAGUGUUCAAUUUGGAUGCGUCUGUAUCAAAUGAUGAUCUUCGACAAAUAUUUGGGGCUUAUGGAGAAGUCAAAGAGAUAAGAGAAACACCACAUAAGCGACACCAUAAAUUCAUCGAGUUCUAUGAUGUUAGAUCUGCAGAGGCUGCUCUCAGAGCAUUAAACAGGAGUGAUAUAGCUGGCAAGCGCAUUAAACUUGAACCUAGUCGUCCUGGUGGAGCACGCCGGAACUUGAUGCAGCAACUAAGUCAAGAGCUGGAAAAUGAUGAAGCUAGAAGUUUCAGGCACCAAGUUGGUUCACCAGUGGCGAACUCUCCUCCAGGUAACUGGACACAAUAUGGCAGCCCGGUUGAACAUAAUCCAUUGCAUGGCUUUAACAAUUCUCCGGGUCUGGGUACUCUCAGUCCUGUAAGCAGCAAUAAUUUGCCUGGGUUAGCUUCAAUUCUGCCCUCACAUAUAUCUAACCCAGCAAAGAUUGCCCCUAUCGGUAAGGAUCAAGGAAGGGCUAACACAAACCAAAUGCUUACCAACAAUGGAGUAGCUUUUCAGCAUUAUGACCAGAAACCGAGCACCAGUCCUGUUUCAAUAUCUGCUUUCGGGGAAUCAAAUUCAAACUCAAAUUCGUCUGGUAUUGGAACACUAUCUGGUCCUCAAUUCCUAUGGGGAAGUCCUACUCCAUAUUCUGAGAAUGUCAGUUCUUCUGCUUGGCCAACAUCGUCUAUAGGGCAUGCAUUUGUAUCAAGUGCGAAGGGACAGGGUCUUCCACAUACUAGUCGGCAUAAUUCUUUCCUUGGCUCACAUUAUCACCAUCAUGUGGGAUCUGCUCCUUCUGGUCUUCCUCUUGAUAGGCAUUUUGGUUUCUUUCCAGAGUCACCAGAAACAUCCUUAAUGACUCCGAAUGCAUUUGGGGGUAUGGGUCUGAACCACAACAAUGGAAAUUAUAUCUUGAACAACAUCGGUGCUCGUGCAUCUGUGGCUGCUGGUAUUGGACUUCCAGGAUCCAUCACUGAAAGCAGUUCACCUAGUUUUCGGAUGUCAUUCCCAAGCCAUAAUAGUCCCAUGUUUCUGGGGAAUGCUUCUUAUUUAGGACCAGGAACAAUCAGUAGUGAUGUAUUUGCUGAGCGUGGCCGAAGUCGGCGACUUGAGAAUUAUGGAAACCAGAUAGAUAGCAAGAAGCAGUAUCAGCUCGAUUUGGAUAAAAUCAUUAGUGGCGAAGAUUCUAGAACUACGUUAAUGAUUAAAAACAUUCCUAAUAAGUACACUUCCAAGAUGCUGCUGGCCGCCAUAGAUGAAAAUCACCGGGGUGCUUAUGAUUUCCUCUAUCUGCCCAUUGAUUUUAAGAAUAAAUGCAAUGUGGGUUAUGCCUUCAUCAAUAUGGCGUCUCCUUCACACAUUAUUCCAUUCUAUGAGGCUUUUAAUGGGAAGAAGUGGGAGAAGUUUAAUAGUGAAAAAGUCGCUUCACUGGCAUAUGCACGAAUCCAGGGCAAAGCUGCCCUGGUCAGUCACUUUCAGAAUUCAAGCCUAAUGAAUGAAGAUAAACGAUGCCGGCCAAUUCUCUUUCACUCCGAGGGCCAAGAGGCUGGUGAGCAGGAACCUUUUGUAUCUGCCAACUUAAACAUCUGUAUUCGUCAGCCAGAUGGAUCUUAUUCUGGGGAUUCUUUGGAGAGCCCGAGGGGCAGUCUGGAUGGGAUGCCAGACAAGAGUUAACAGUGAAAUGAUACUCCUAGCCUUAAAUGGUGGCUAGAAGUAGCACUGACCAUUGUGUAGGUAUUUCAAGUGUACAGAGUUGGAAAAGAAGACCAGGAACAGGUGUUUGUUGCUUGAAUGAUGAGCAGUCUCCACUUUUAUAUCAUGGAUACUGCAAAAAUAUUUCACCGAGGCACAGAGCAUUUGUUCAAGUGUAGAAAAACGAAUUGUUACUUAACCAAGGGAGAGGAAUAAGGUAUAGCAAAUUGCUGAGGUGGAAGUCUACCCGUAGCCAAAUGCUUUGCUUGCUGAUUUCUGCAUGACCACUCUUGGAUUUUUGUUGCUUUUGACCCCAUUCCUGUUUUUGUUCAAGGUUUUGGAGUCCAUUUUCAUAAAUGUUCACAUGUUAAUAUAUAUGCAUAUAUGUAUAUGGAUAUAUAUAUAAUUAUGGGAGUAGGGUUGUUUACCCAAAUUGUAUAGGAAGUGAGAAGAACAGACUCUGAUCUGUUCUUCCUGGAUGUCACUGUUGUUAUGUAGCUAAGGAUGUGAAUUUGAUUAGUAUAUAUGGUUGUACAGUUGUUUUUAACCUUUCUUUAAUAAUAUUAUGGGUAUGUUUGGGUAGGGA